ACCAGGCUCAAACCGUUUACUCAGAAGGCAACCCAAAGGCUGCGGGAUAUUUGGCAAAAUCACCAACCAUCAAUGGAACAAAAUUCGAAUCGUGAAGAACAGUCUAAUACAGAAAACAAUGUCUCUGACAAGGAUUUUGCAGCUUCACCUAAUGCAUCUGCGGUGUUGCAGACGAGUCCACCGGGUACGUCGAUGGACAUUUUUUUUAAUGAUGGCCUUGACUUCCUGGAAGUGCAAAGGGUAAAUAAUAUCGUGAGAGCCGCUUACAAGGAAUUCAUGACACUAGCUUCCAAAGAAAACGCUUGGGUUUUGAGCCCUCCAAUGGUAGGUUCAAUUGAGGAGUUCCAAGAGAUGUUCCACACUCCACCACCUCAUGGAUCUACAGUUCAAUGUUCCAUUGAGAGUGCAAUUCUUCCUAUUCCUUCACAUUUUCUGAUCUCGUUAAUGAUGGAUGCGGAGAAAUGGGCUUCCACGUUUUCCCACAUCAUUUGUCAUGGAUCAGAUGAGGUUGUUCUCAAGCCUUUGAGAACAUUCUUGUCGACAGCUGAUACAGAAGUUAUAUUGGUCAAUGCCCAGUUUAGAUUGCCAGCUGAAUUCUUGCCGAGAUGGAGCACUUGCUUUUUGAGAUUUAAGAAACUGGUCAGCCAAAAUAUCUACGCAAUUUUCGAUGUGUCAACUGAUUAUUUCGAGGAUACAGUCUGUGAUCCUACACAGAGAAUUGAAUACAAGCGGAGGCCAUCAGGAGUGAUAAUUCGGCAGCGUGAUGAACAGUCUGAGGUGGUAUGGGUUGAAAAUGCAGAGGUGGAGGUGAUUGAUGUCCCCAAAAAUGCAUUGUCAAACUUUACUUUAACUGCAAAAAACUGGGUGAGCAUUUUGUCACAUAAUUUGAAUCGAAGACGUAGCAGGUUAAUGGCUUCAGGGGUGCUAAAAAAAACUCACGAGAUAUCUGAACUCUUGAGAAUUACGGAGAACAUGAAGAGAAUGUAUUUAGAAAGAAUUAAUCCUUUUCCAAGCGAAAGAAAAUGGGAGUUAUUUACUACUGAUAAAAUAAGGAUUUCGAGAGACAUGAGUGCAAGUUGCAUUGGCUACCAAAAUGAUUAUAUUGCCACAAGUACCAUACAUAUUUCACAAAGCCCCACCAAACUCUUCGAAUUUCUGGCCAGAAAUAAUGUGAAAUUUCAGUGGCUGAGCAUAAUGCACCCAGAACAGCUGGAAAUGGCGGUUGCAUGUUUUACAGAAGAUCAAAGAAAUUGCAUUACUUUAUGUAUGAAAUCUGAAACAGGAGAUGAGGUGCUUAUCUUUACAUAAACUUCUUUACCUCAUACUUGCCCAAAACUUGUACUUCAUUGUUGUGUUCGUUUAUCAUGACAGGACCUUGAGUUUUUCCUACAAGAGACUUCAAUGAAUGAAUAUUGCUCCUUCGUCCUAUCAACAAGAAUGACUGAAAUGGACAUUCAUCUCUCUUUCGUGCCAAGGUUUUGUAGGAACAGUGUGUUUUUGAGACCUUCUGGUUUUGCUAUAAUGCCUGCUGGACCGGGAGGUCUGCAGUCUGAGGCAUCCUUUGUAACGAUUUUGAUACGUCGGGAGCUUGAAAAUAUGGAAGAUGAUCAAGCAAUUGAAGCAAUGAGUAAGCAGAUGAAUGAUGUCAUUGAUCAGAUAAUUCAGUUGCAAACACCAAGCGUUGCAGAUGAUGAGGAUCCUGUACAGGAUAGCC